GCAGCCAUUACGGACGUAGAAAAUGUAGAAGUCAGAGUUACAUGUUUAACAAUGGACCCCCGCACCAGUGCCCAAGAUGUGAUGCAGUGUGACCUGUGUGAGACCGCUGUGGUACAGAUGCAUUGUGAUACAUGUCUUGUCAACCUAUGUACAGCUUGUGUAGGGAAACAUAUGAUAUCUGAUGAAUCCAAGGACCAUAAAGUCGUCAAAUUUAAGUCAAAGAAAUCCACACCCCUCUUCCCUGUGUGUAAAUUUCAUUACAAAGAACAAUGUACAAUGUACUGUAAUCAUUGUGACACUCCUGCUUGUACAAAAUGCAUUGCAUCUGAUAAACAUCUAGGUCAUAAGAUUUCAGAGAUCUUACAAGUUGUGGAUGAAAAAAGGGAAAAAAUAAUCAAAGAACAAACAGAAGUAAAUGAAACAAUUUUUCCAACCUACCAGGACAUUGCCUCUGAUGUACAAAACAGAAUGAGUCAAUUAGAAAGGGAAUAUGGAGAUCUCUCAACAGCCAUAACAAAACAUGGAGAGGACUGGCACAGAGAAAUUGACAAACUUGUCAAGAAACUUAAAGCUGAAGUUGAUGAGAUAAAAAACACUCAGUUACAAACUCUACAGAAACAUCUUAAUGAAAUAAACAAGAAAAUGUCUGACAUCAAGGAUGAAACUAGUUCAGUUGAAAUGGCUAUAAACACAAAUGACUUGUCAAAACUGUUUAGUGUCACUUCUAAUGUACAUAUGUACAGAAACCUUCCACAAAAAAUAGUACCAACUUUAUCAAAAUUCAUUCCAGAAAAAAUCCAAAUCGAAAAACUCCGAAAAUUGUUUGGAACAUUAUCACAAAAUUCUUUCACUUCAGAAAUACAUAACUACAGCAUGAAAACUACACAGAAAUCACCAGAAGCUGGUUCCUCUCCUCCAGUCAAACAGCUCCUUGAUGAACCAGAGAUUGUCAACACCAUAAAAACUAAUUAUAGACGACUUAUCCUUGUGGCCUGUCUGAGUGAGGGGGAAAUCUGGACAAAGGCAAAUGACGGUACUAUGAAACUUUACAACAUCAAUCAGGGAUCACUACUUAAGUCAAUCAAAACCGAGUCAGGAAACAUACCAUAUGACAUAGCAGUAACAAAAAAUGGAGAUCUAGUUUAUACUGAUUAUUGGGAUAGAACUGUGAACAUUAUAAAGAAUGAGAAGAUAGAGGAGGUGAUCAGACUACAGAACUGGAAACCUCGCGGUGUCUGUAGUACCUCUUCUGGUGACCUCCUGGUUAUCAUGGAUAGUAAUGAUAGCAAACAAACAAAAGUUGUCCGUUACUCUGGAUCAACAGAGAAACAAACCAUUCAGUUUGAUAAUAAAGGUAAACCUCUCUAUUUUGCUGGUUUCUGUAACAGAUACAUUACUGAGAACAGGAACCUGGAUAUUUGUGUGUCUGAUGAUGGAGCUAAAGCAGUAGUUGUGGUCAAUCAGGCCGGGAAAUUAAGAUUCAAAUACGCUGGACAUAUGCCUUCUCCAAAGAAUGAAUCAUUUGAUCCACGGGGAAUCACCACAGACAGUCAGAGUCACAUCCUUACAGCUGAUAAUAACAAUCACUGUGUCCACAUCAUAGAGCAAGAUGGACAGUUUCUCCGUUACAUAGACUGUGGACUAAGUUAUCCAUGGGGACUGUGUACAGAUAGAAAUGACAAUCUGUUUGUAUCUCAAAGAUUUGAAAGAUAUGUGAAGAAAAUUAACUACAUGUACAUGUGUUGA